UUUUUUCCCCUUAUCUUGUUACACCUAUUCAUUCAAUCGAAAAAAUUACUUUUUCUUUUUUUUGUAAGAACUGUAUGGUGGAUUUUGUUUAUUUAGAUUAUGAAUGUGAAAAUGAGAUUAGUUUCUUUGGACCAACAAAACAACCAUGGGAUCAUGGAUGAGGAAAUUAAUCAUGAUUCUGAUUCUUCUGAAAUAUUGAGUAAUUUCUCUUCAUCUGAUUCGGAGUUGUUUGACGAAGAAGGAGGAGGAGAAGGGGAUUCUUCGGAUCCAACUUCUCCGAAUUCUUCUUCUAGUGAUUCAAUAAGUCAUGAUGAACACACAAAAGGAGCUUUGCAAAAUAUGUCCACUCUUCUACAAGAACUUCCCUUCAAGAGAGGUUUGUCAAAACAUUACAAUGGGAAAUCACAAUCAUUCACCUCUCUAUCAAAUGUGAGGAGCUUAGAGGACAUGGCUAAGCCAGAAAAUCCAUACAACAAGAAGCUAAAAUCAUGCAAGAGUUAUGGAGUUUUCUUAGAAGGUUUCAAAUCAAAUAACUUGAAUCCUCCUAUUAGAAGCAAUAGUUCUUCAAGAUUAAGCUCAAAGAGAGGCUCAUGUUCAUCAUUAAGGGCAAAGAGAAAUGGAAGCUUUCUUGGGAAUAAUAAUAGUAGACCUCCUGUUCCUCCACAUACAUCAACUAGUACAACUAGUUUUACAACUCAAACCCCUUUGUUUGCUUGAUGGUUCUUAUCAAAAGGAUUUACUAAAUGUAUUUACUUCGUUGUUGUUACUGUUUCUUUUUUUUAGAAUGCUAUGUAAUACUUUUUGUAGUACUUAUUAUAUUUAUUUUUUAUGUUCUUUUAUAUGUGUUACUUGAGUCGGGUAGAGGCAUACUUUUGUCCUCUCUCGAUUCCAUCAUGUGAGACUUCAUUGAGUAUAUUAUGUGUUCAAAGUUUUGAUACCUUAA